UUUCAUUAUAAUAGUGAGUGAGCUUCUGUGUGACAUUGUUUUACUCUAAUGGGGAUGGAUGGUAAGAAAGGAGUGGUAGCACUAGAUGAAAAUGUGAAAGAAUGUUGUUUUUUAUUUCAUACUCAUUGAAUCUUAAAGUUUGUUAUUGUGUUUGGUGAACUUGAUAUUGAUGUAUAGUUCUAUAACUGAUGUUCUUGAAAUGUUGAGAGAUGAUGUAUCAAUUAAAGAUGGAAGAGGUCUUAGGUUUUUCAAAUGAAUUGUCACAAGCAUUGCAAAGGAAAGAUCAAGACAUCGUCAAUGCUAUGAACCUAAUUAGCAUCACAAAGGAGCGAUUACAAGCUCUAAGAGAUGAUGGAUGGGAACCUUUAUUGGAGGAGGUAAUUUUAUUUGGCAAUAAGCAUGACAUUAACAUUCCAAGCAUGGAUGAUAUAUUCUUCCGUGGAAAGUCAAUACGUGGAGGUAACGCUGAAUCUAUCACAAUAGGGAAUCAUUACCGCAUUGAAUUAUUUUAUACGGUUGUGGACAUGCAACUUCAAGAACUUAAUGAUCGUUUUAAUGAGACAAAUAGUCGGUUGCUCAUUUGUAUGGAGAGUAUGUGCCCAAACAACUCGUUCUCUAAAUUUGACAAAGCAAAGUUGAUUGAAUUUGCAAAGUUUUAUCCAAUUGAAUUUUCUCCAACUUCAUUGGUGUUGCUUGAUAGUCAACUUGACACUUACAUCUUUGAUAUGCGUAGGAGUGUUGAAUUUGCAUCUUUGAAAGGAAUAAGUGAUCUUUCAAAAAAAAAAUGGUUGCACUCAAAAAACAUAUUGAUUAUCCUUUAGUCUAUGGACUUUUGAAGUUAGCAAUGAUUUUGCCCGUUGCCACAUCAACCGUUGAACGAGCCUUUUCUGCUAUGAAGAUUGUGAAGUCUAGAUUGCGUAAUCGAAUGGGAGAUGAUUGGAUGAAUGAUUGUCUCGUGACUUAUAUUGAGAGAGAUGUGGCGGACAAAAUUGAUGAUGAGUUGAUUAUUCAACGAUUUCAGAAGAUGGCACCGCGUAAGGGACAUUUGUAAAGAAUGGAUGAAGUUUUUUGAGUACAUUGUAAAUUGAAUACAAUG